AUGGAUUUACGACAGGUGGCGGUCGAUCAGUAUGAAUCUCGAGAGAGCCUGAUUCGCAGAGGUGUAUGGAAGGGGGAUUUGUACAAGACGGUUGAUGUGAAUAAAGGCAGCAGAGGUUGGCUGUGGAAGACGCUUGUGCUAGAUGAUGACCAGGAAGUGAAGGAGCUGAUGCCGGUGCCGAUUUUGACGGAGGGAAGUGAGGAUCCGACGAGCGCAAUAGUGCAAAGUGCUAAUAGGCCCAGAGAUAAUUUGAUUAGAAGGUUAACACCAGUUGCGACGAAAGCCCAUCCAUUGAGCCAGAAACAGAUAGGAGAUAUGAGAGACAAGGGUGAACUUGAAGGUCAGAAAGUGGUAGAAGGUGAUGAAGAUGACGAAGACGGCAUGAGUGUGUCCGAGAAACUAGAGAUUAUCGACUUGGAUCUCUCCAGGCUCAUGUUAGACAAAAUUUUCCAAGAACCGUUGGUCCACGCCAGGAUGAAGCAGAUCAUGUAUAAUUUCUUGAUGAGGAAAGGUGCAUCAAGUCCCAGUUCCUAUAAACAGGGGUACCACGAGAUCUUGGGAAUCAUAUUUUUGCAAUUAGAUGAAGCUCGAAGAAACAAUGAAGGCGGCAAUAACGACAAUUCUAAUAAUAAUAAUGAUGAUGAUGAUGGCGACGCAGUAAUGAUGAAUCAAGUUUUGUGUAUAUUUGAAAAGAUAAUGAAGCAAAUGGUUGGAGUAUUUUAUAAUGAAACUCGAUUGAUCAAAUGGGACUCGGAUGUUUUUCAGCCCAUCUUAAACAAUUCAUGCCCUGAACUGUACAAAUUGAUAUAUUCAAAUCAGCACCAUCAUACAAAUAUAAUAUGGCUGAUCCGUUGGACAAGAUUAUUGUUUAUCAGGGAAUUACCUCGAGAUUACACUUUGAUAAUAUGGGAUCAUAUUCUGACGUUUACGUAUCCUCUGGAUACGUUAAUUGCAUGCAUUAUUGUGACCCUGCUGGUGAACAACUACCAAAACCUGAUGGAAAAGAUCGAAGACCAUAACGAUAUUGUGGAAUUCAUGUUACAUUACUCAUUGAAUUCAAGCUCAAUGAUUGACUGUGUUGAGCUGUGCAAAAUGUCGGGAAAUCUUUGCGAACUGUGGUAUUUGCAAGACUUUACGGCGAUGAAAUUGGUCGCUGAUUCAUUCUUGAAGAUCCGAUUUAAUGUUGAGAAUAAAACAACCCCAAAAGCUGUAAAAAUAGAUCCCAAUAGGAAAAGACUUGAAGAUAGAUUACGUAAACGUGUUAAGCAAACAUUAUUGACUAAAGAAACUAAAUAG